UUGAUCUGGCACAUCUUUCGUUUCUUAGUUUGUGUAACAUAAAUAACAUAACGCCUUCUUUUCUCAGUGUCACUGUGAAUUCAUAGGUUUGAAAAAGCAAAUAGAAACGUAAAAAAAAUCCAACAUAGUUCUUUUUGUAUAAUAAAGGUGUCGACAACAGAGACAAGAAUGUUGCCAGUGCAAAAAAUGCAACUGCACCAACCCUCACUAAACGAGGUUGCUGAAGUCCUGAGAGAGGGCCUAUCCAAAAACUUCAGUCUUGUUGAAGUCAAUGUGGUAGAUUGUCCUGAUUUAUCUACUGCGCCAUUUGAUUUGGCUGAUAAAGGAAUUUGUGGGCAGCCUCGUAUAGUGGACAUUGGGGGACCAGACUAUCUGAAACCAUUUCCACAGAAACAAAAGAUUUAUGACUUUGACAAUGUUGCCAAACUUGCUGAGUUACCAGGAGCUCUGCUGUUGGGGGCAGGGGCGGGACCACAUCAUAAGAUUGGGGUCAACUGUGAACUGGUGUGCAAUGUUAAACUGGGCCAAAGGUCAAACAACAAGACAGUCAUUGCUAAAGUGGAUGAAAAUGAUGGGACUUACAUCCUUGAGAAGGAUCCUUCAGGGGAGUUUUCUUUAAUGGGCAAUUUCCUAGUCAGUGAAGGCAAACAAGGACAGGUUCUGGAGAUCAAAGCUAAAAAUAGAAUAGGAAGUGAGAAUUUUGUGUCCUGUGUCCACAAAACUUUGACCGCUCAUUACGGGGAGAAAGCUGUCGGCCUCGGUGGUACGUUCUUGCUGCAGACAGGCAAGGCAAACAUACACGUAAUGCCUGAUUUUGCCACUACAGCCCUGGAGACUGAUGCGCAGACGGACGAAUGGUUGAGGUUUUACGAAAUGGACGCUCCACUGAUUCAUGUUGGUGAAGUGGUUUCUGCAGAUCCUGAGAAACUCCAUCUUCGCCAGGAGCAUUUCCACUGCUUCAGUGACCAUGGACAGGGAGGUCACUACCACUACGACACCACCCCCAACAACGCUUCCUACCUGGCGUACUUCAACGUGGCAGAGUUUGUGUACCGUAUUGACUUACCUGAACAAAGGAACUAUGUGUUUUAGCUAGUUGGUACCCAUCUCACCAAGUUACUUACAGAUUUUUUUGGAGGUAUUUAAAACAGGUAGUACGAUAAUGAACUACCUAUGGACUAAUUAAGUUGAUGGGAAAAGUAUUGUUAUUGAACGUUUAAAAAGCAAAUUUUGAAACAUAUUUUUUGAAAUUGUACUGAUAAAUGUACUGAUAAUGAAAUAUUUGGUAUGUUUUGAGAAGGUUUAGUUUUAAGAUAUAAAGUUUUACAAUGUUUGCGGGCUUUGUAGAUAUUUAUUUAACCUUUGAAGGUUUAGUAAGUGUGAAAAAAGUAUACAGCAAUGAAUACUAUUUUCAAGGUAAAUUUUUGCUCUAUGAGUAAAAUAUUUGUCCUAAUAAGUCUGUGCUAACCAGUUUUUUUGGACAGAAACUUAAUGAUACAUCAUUUGUAGGUUUCAUUAUUUGUCUAAAAAAAAUAACAACUAACCAGUAUUUUAAACUCACUUUACAGAGAGUACGGCUGUUUAAACUCAGCUUAUUUUGUUAGACUCAUGUCAGGUUAUAGGAGUGGGAAUAUAAAAAUAUAAAAGUGGCUGGUCAGUGUGCUGACCACACAAUCCCUUUCUUAUCCUGAGUUAACAGAAUAAGAUGCACACAAUUAGAUCUGACAAGGAUACUUCUAGUCAUUAACUUUGUCUUGAUAAACUAAAUUAAUUAUCUUCAGUAUUAUCCCAACACUGGGACUAAUUUAAACCUACAUACCUUUAUGGUAAGGUUAUUCUUAUAAACUAAGUCUAAGAUUCUACUCACUUAAAAUUAAUUAUUUGUAUCUUAUUUUUUAAUAGUAUUAUUAUAUUGAUGGAAUGUUGCUCAAACCAAUGUAUAGAUUGUUUCACAUGUAACAUAAUAUAGAUGGGGUGAUGUGGCAGAGUGCACCUUAACUUGAAUGUCUUGGGUUCGAUUCUUGAUUGAGUCUACAGGAUGACAAAGUCCCAUCUACCCUUAAUUGGUGGCUGACUCAAAUUUCGAAAGUAAUGGUGUCUGGGUAUAGGAUAUUAUCCAUUCUGAAACAGUAAAUUACCCUUUUGAACCUGGCAGUCCAUUCACUUGUUUCUGUGACUAUGGCAGUUGGAGAGUUACAAUGAGCGUCAUGCCUAGCAGUUUUUACUUUCUUUAAUGUGAGUCAGGUACUCAUCAGAGCUGUGUCCCAACUUGAGCCUGGGUUCUAACUCAAAUAUUAUUGGGUUAGCAGUUAUAUGCUCUGCCUUUUGACCACACAUUCCAUCUUUAUAAGCAGAAUUUAUGUAAGUAGGUUAAAGGGUAUUUUUUGUUAGUGUAAAUAAAAAUAUGGCAUAUAGAAAGUGUAUUGGUUUUAUUUACAGACCUCCCAACAAAAUGGAAGUGUUCUGUGUACAUAAAACCUAAGCUAUGGUAUUUGGUUCUAAUCAUAUUUUGCACAUUUUAAGCAGAUAGCUGUUUGUUGUUACAAGUCUUUCAUGUUUAUCAAAUGAAAAUUUCCAUUUUAAUGUGUUUUUAUAUACACUUGCAAUACACUUUGUUAUGAUAUUGCAUAAUCAUCCAUCUAUGACAGAUGUUAAAUUUUAUCUAUAUGCACAUACAAAGUUAUGGGAUGUGGAAUUUACUACCUGAUUUUAAACAGUACAUAUUGGGAAUUUGUUUUUAUCCAUAUUUAAUUCAUCAAUUGCAAUUUUUGAUGUUACUAAUUUAUGAGAAAGUAUUUUUCUUGAAAUUUAUUUUUUUAGGAAAAAAGUUUGAUCAAUUUUCAAAAUGUUGCAAUCAAUAUACAAAAUAUUAAACAGAAUGUAAUAAAUAAUGUAUUGUUUUCCU